UUUUUUGUGCCUCUUGGCCUAAACUUUUUUUCGACUUGCAGAUUCUUUUUGAUUAUAAAGGUCUUAGUGUUGUUCGACAUUAUCUACCUGACAAGUGUGUGAGCAUGGCAGAGAGACCAGAGGACUUGAACUUACCAAAUGCUGUAGUCACAAGGAUCAUCAAAGAUGCAAUACCAGACGGUGUGGCAGUAUCAAAAGAGGCGAGGCUUGCUAUCUCGAAAGCGGCAAGUGUUUUUGUGCUUUACGCCACUUCCUGCUCCAAUAACUUUGCUCUGAAGAGCAAAAGGAAAACGAUCAACGCUCAAGAUGUUCUGUCGGCAAUGGAGGACAUGGAGUUUGAACAGUUCAUUGAACCUUUGCAGCAGUGUCAGGAAGCGUUCCGUCAAGAAAAGAGCGAGAAGAAAAGCCAAAAGAAGGAGAAGCCUGCUCCUGUACCUGAAGAAAGCGGAGGUGAGGAGGAGGAGGAGGAGAAAGACGAGGCUGCAGAGAAGAACAACUCCUCUGCGGCUGCGAUGGGGGACGACCAGGAUUUUCAGAUCACGGUGAACGCUGAGGAUGGAGACGCAAGCAGUCCGGAGGUGGUGGAAGAUUCUGGGGAAUAGCACUCUGGGUUGUUUCUUUGGGUUCUUUUUCUCUAAUCUUUGAUUCUUUUUUUUUUUUCUUUUCUUUUUGGGGGAGGGGGGGGGGGGGGGUUUUGAUGGGGGUUUUUUUUCCUUUUUUUUUUGUAUUCUUCAUAUGUCAAAAUCAAUGACGUUAUGCUCUAACAGUCUUACUGGACAAAGUAGGUAUACAUUUUAUUUUUGACACAAAACAAGUGCAGAUACGAUGUGUCUAUCAUUCUGUGGGUUCUCAGUAAAGAAUCAGUAUAAUGCACAAUACUGUACUACAGUAUAAAAUUAUGAUGGGCUGACUUUUGUGUCUUCUCUCCUCAUUUUGAUACGAAGACGAAUUUUUUUGAGGGGGUUUUUUUUUUCCCUUUUGAAAAAUUGUCAAGGAACCAGUUAUACAGUUAGAGAAUAACACCCUUGAUAUGUUACUUUUUCAGUCAUUAUUGUGAAGAAGAUCGUGGCAUAUAUAUGCAUCCAUUUUUGUAUGUCUUGAAUGAGUGCCUUUGCUUUAUCCCCAGUUUUGUUUGUGUGUAUUCGUGUGUGUGUGUGUGUGUAUGCUUAUAUAUAUGUGUGUGUGAAAUGGCUGAAGAGUGUUUAAAUGAAAUUUUUUCCAGCUGUAUGUGUGCAUUGAGUUUGUGGUUUGUUUUUAAAACUAAAAUAGAAUGUUAUGGUGUCUUCAUUAUGCACCAUAAAGUAUGCUAGUGUCUGUGUUUGAUUGGGGGAUUGCAUUUGUGCGAGAAUCUCUUUGUAAAUCAUUGUGUUUUUUUAGGUAAUGUGAAAUAAUAAAACAAAAUUGAGACAAUGA